AUGUCGUUCCGGUCUGUUCGAAUCGUGGCCAGGUUCUACAAUUCCUCGACCACUCUGGUUCCUCGCUUCCUCUGUUCUCCUUUGACAUCUCGUUGCUUUUCUUCUGUGUGCGUUGACUCGCCAAGUGAGUUAGCUCAAAAAAAUGCGAGCCGUUCUGCUAUGGACUCGGUGGUGAAGAUUUCCUCCUUCUCUAGGGAGCCAAAUGUUGUUCAACCUUGGCAGACAACUGAGAAAGAAUARUCAGGCUCUGGAUUUGCAAUCUCCGGAAGGAGGAUUCUUACAAACGCUCAACUUGUGAAUGAUCACUCAUACGUGCAAGUGAGAAAGCAUGGUUCGCCCACCAAGUACAAGGCAAAAGUUGAAGUGUGUGGGUAUGACUGUGACUUGGCCGUUUUAGUUAUUGAUAGUGAAAAGUUUUGGGAAAAUAUGAAUCCUUUGGAGCUUGGAGGCAUACCCUUUCUCGAAGAAGCUGUCUCCGUUUUAGGUUAUCCUGUUGGUGGUGACACAAUUUCCGUCACAAAAGGUAUUGUAUCGAGAGUUGAACCAAGAAUAUAUUCUCACAGUUCCAUUGAACUCGGGCCCGGUUCAAUCUUAAAAUAG